AUGAGGCCGGCUCACUCAUGUGGCUCCGCAGGCAGGUGGGGCGGGGGGUGCCGAUCGGGUCUCGGCUCUUCGUCGCCUGGACACGAGUUCAACCAGCAGACAGCAACGGCAGGUGCAGCUUUGUCCCGGCGACUAAGUCUGCAAACGUCCAGCCUCGCCCAGUUCAAGGCUGUAGAGCUGCGCUUUUGCGUGGAUCGUGAGGCAGGUGGUGGGCAAGCCGGUGAGCCAGACAAGGGUAGGCAAAUGGAGUUGGGCAAUUCGGUCAGCCACCAAUCAAAAAGCGAUGCCAAAGCGGAUAUUUGCCGCUAUGCCCCUCGACUAAUGGGCACUUGGCAACACGUGAAAAGGCCAUGUCUUUCAGGCCGUCCGUUGCCCAUGACAGGACAUCCGGAAACUGCAGGCCUUGCUAACGGCUGUCGUAGAAGAUAG